ACAAUAGUCAUUUUCGAAUCUUCAUUCUACGAUGUGGCCUCUCAUGAGUGGUUGAUUCCUACUAACUGAGAGUACUGUACUGUCUAGCACUGGAGAGGGUUGGCGGGAAGAGAUCUUAAUGAGAGCUGCGCUCAACUGAGGUGAACUUCACCAACCGAUGGCUGCACCAUCGCCAUGGCGAUGGCCGUUGAACUACGCUGGCUUUUCUUCUCUCCGUUGUUCCACCACUAUUUUGCCUCUCUAUUACGUGGGACGACAUCGUAUUAUGACUUGGUCUUCCGAUUUCAAUUCUUCUUCGUCUUCUUCAUCAUCAUGUGCUUGUUCUGCUAAUAAUGAUUCAAAUACUGUGAGAAAGAGAGCGAGAAAAGAUUCACUAGAAAAAAUCACCAGCGACGGUGAUCCAGAAAGCAACGGAAUCAUUAAUACUUCGGUGAAAGGCGGCGGCGGGGGUGUUAACAAUAGAUUGAGUUUCAAAUCGUUAUUUGGGAAGCGGGCGUUGUGGCGAAGAAUACUGUUCGCUUCGCGGAAAGUGAGGAGCAUCAUUUUGCUCAAUGUGAUCACUGUUAUUUAUGCUAGUAACAUUCCAGUGGUCAAGGAAGUUGAAGCAAUUAUUGAUCCUGAGGUCUUCAAUGUCAUGCGAUUUGCUGUGGCUGCCAUUCCAUUUAUUCCGGUUGUUCUCCAGGCUAGAGAUGAUGUUAAUACUCGUAAUGCUGGGAUAGAAUUGGGAUUUUGGGUAAGCCUAGGAUACAUUAUGCAAGCGCUUGGACUCCUCACAUCUGAUGCUGGACGAGCAUCGUUUAUUUCUAUGUUCACUGUGGUAGUUGUGCCCCUGAUUGAUGGCAUGCUGGGAUCUGCAGUUCCUCCACGUACCUGGUUUGGAGCUCUCAUGUCUAUAAUUGGGGUUGCAAUGCUAGAGUCCAGUGGAUCACCUCCAUGUGUUGGAGACUUGUUAAAUUUCAUUAGUGCAUUGUCUUUUGGAAUUCAUAUGCUAAGAACUGAACAUAUUUCAAGAAGUACAAAAAGAGAAAAUUUCUUACCACUCCUUGGAUAUGAGGUAUGCGUUGUCGCCUUUCUAUCGACUAUUUGGUAUUUCAUUGAAGGUUGGUUUACUGGUGGCAUCCAAGAAUUAAAUCCCUCGUCUUGGACAUGGGAAACAAUCUUGGUUUGGAUUUCAGUGUUUCCUUGGAUACCUGCACUUUAUACUGGAAUUUUCUCAACAGGCUUAUGCUUAUGGGUAGAGAUGGCUGCCAUGCGUGAUGUUUCUGCCACAGAAACUGCAAUAGUUUAUGGGUUGGAACCAGUUUGGGGUGCUGGAUUUGCUUGGUUUUUACUUGGUGAGAGAUGGGGUGUUGGUGGAUGGAUUGGGGCUGCUCUUGUGCUGGGUGGAAGUUUAACAGUGCAGAUAAUGGGAGCUACAUCCGACUCUCAAUCCAGAGGAUCCAAAAGGGACACCGCAGAAAGCGAUGAUUUGUUAUUUCCAGAUAAGCAGAAUAGUUUUUCAACAUCUCCAAUAGUUGUCAAGAAUAGAAAGAAUCAUCCGACUUAAUAAAGAAGUGAGCAUAUUGCUUAUUUCUUCUGUCAUUUAGAGUCUUAACUAAUAUCUAUCCUCGUGCCCUUGUGCAUAUGUGAAUCACGAGGUGGUAGUUUGACCAAAUAUAAAACAAUUAGGAAGCUAUCCGCGCUUUCUCUUUAUGUGUACAGAUGUAGAAAAUGAUACUGUUAGCAAAAAUGUAAGUCAGCAUUUCCACGUAUCUUCUAUGCUUAUCACACUUGUUACAAAUGUCAAUAUAUAGAAUGCAAGGGACUUAGUACUCAAA